AUGAAUAGGCCGCCCGACGUUCUGCGGGCCUUCGACAGAUGUCCACCGAUCGUCAGAAACAUUAUUGAUUACGUUGAGCGGUAUUUUGGAUCCUUUUUUAUCAUCCCAUGUGGGAGUUCUUUCGAAGGAACUCAAGUAGAUGCGUCAGCAGACAUUGAUUUGAUGCUGAUUUUACCAAUCAGAUAUUUUCAACUGUUUCCUAUUCCAUUCUCAGAAUUCAAAACAUUUGACAUUUUGGGGAGAGGCUAUGUAGUGAAUUCAAGACAAUAUUUUGAGACAAUAUUAACUCCGGUGUUAAAAUUCAAUUCCAGACAUUAUGGUGAUGUUGUUGUUGUCGAGGUACAUGGUCCAGCAGUAACCCUGAAAAUAACUACUCCAAAUGGAAGACAUAUUUCUGUGGACUUGACUUUGGCUAUCCGAGUUCAGUGGCCUGUUGUUGCUAAGGAAUGGACCACGAGGCCUCGAGUUUGGCCAGAUCAGAACCAUUUACAACUAAUAGUUUUUCAAGAUGGAUGUCAUUUAGUUGCAAAGAGACCUACCGGUCCUGAACACUUUAAAGAUUUCUGCUGGAAGUUCAGCUUUUCAGCUGCUGAGAUGAGACUGUUUAACUUGGGAGGUAUUGCAGAUGGAAAUCAAAAUUGUUUAAGGCAGGUUUUACGGAAACUGAAAACAUUUGGGCCUUACCUGAAGCCCUUGUCUUCAUACCAUUUCAAAACAAUCUGCUUUUACCUACGUGAGAUGACACAUUCCUUCUUGUGGAGAUAUGAUUAUUGUGAGGAAAGGCUUAAGAACGUACUUUUAAUGCUUGAGAAUUUUUUGAAAGUUCAGUCUUGUCCGAAUUUUUUUAUCAAAACUUUUAACUUGUUUGAAGAAUUUAGCCCCUUAAUAUGUUGUGACUUAUUUAACAAAGUAAGAGCUCUCAGAAUGUAUGGAAAUGUUAUCCAAGCACCUGGAGGAGUAUUAAUCUGUUGA